AUGUUUAAACUCUGGAGAUUGCCUACUACGCCCAAGUCUUCAUCUCUAACAGCAGGCACUCUUAUUUAUCCAACUUUCACAACAGCUUCAACAAUAACUACUCAUACGACCUCAACAAAGACAGCUGCUACAUCUGCGGACUCGACUGCUGGCUGGCAGCUUGACGUCGGUGGUAAUGUGUUUGGACGACGUCAUCAUGUCACCUCAACUACAACCUCUACAACAAGUAGUUUAAUCAACAAUGAUCUAAGCAAUAUCGACAUCAACAAUAUCAACAUCAACAACAACAUCAACAAUAGCGGCGACAACAACAAAUCACAAUCUGCUACUACUCCUGAUUCAAAAGAAGAGAAGCGAGUGGAUGAUGACUUGGUAACACAUUGUAUAGAGGCAUCUUGUCAUUUGCCAUUUAAGGUGCCGGCAAAGCUUAGAGGCAUGGAGGGAUACUGUCCUCGCUGUGCCACCAAACAAACGUUUAAGAAGCAUACGAGCAGCUAUCAGAGACUGUUGCGCAGGAGACGCGACCAAUACAUGGUCGACUUGGAGGCCAAAACCAAGGUGCUCAGCAGUCUGGACCUUGAGAAGAGUCCACCCUCAGGCAUCAGUGUGCUGUUGGACGACUGUCGCAGUCUUGCAAACACUGGCAGUGUGUUUAGAUCGUGCGAUGGCGCGGGAUUCUCUCAUGUCUAUCUGUGCGGCAUCACGGGCAGUCCUCCAAACGAGCAAAUAUCAAAGACAGCCCUUGGCGCCGAAGAAUUUGUCCCGUGGAGCUACGCAGAGAGUGCACUAUAUUGUGUUCGCGAGUUAAAGAGCAAGGGUGUCAAGAUCGUUGGCAUCGAGCAGGAUGAGCGAAGCAUGCCGCUUCUCGAGCAAGGUCUGGAUCACCUGGUACAAUCAUUGUCAACUUCUCCCGAUGCUGAUGCUGCUGCUGCUGCUGGACCUCCUCCCAUUUGUUUGUUAUUUGGCAAUGAAGUAGGAGGACUGAGUCCAGAAGUAAUAGACGAGUGCGACUAUAUAUUUGACCUUCCGAUGCGUGGUCAGAAGAUUAGUUUAAAUAUCGCCGUAUCCUUUGGUAUAGUUGCCUACGUAGUCGCUCAAAGAUUUCCAACUCUGUUAAGAAUCAACAAGAUAACAACAACAUCAACAACUACGCCCACGACUUCACCAUCAUCCUCCCCAUCAAUCACACCAAUUAAUCAAUUGAGCGAAUAA